AUAUCAAACAGCAGAGAAGAAGAAUGUAAACUUCCUGUUUCACAGCGUUCACCUAAAAACAACCGAACAUUAGAAUGUGUAUGAAACAAGGCACGUGACCUCGGACCGAUGUUCAGAGCCAGGUGCAUUCUGGGAUCAGCAGCCUGGAGACUCCACAACAGCUGCACCUUGAUGUCCAGUUAAUAAGUGACUGGUGCAGUUAAUAACCAGCUCCGGUGACCUGACCUGCUUCCUGUGGCUGCAGCUGCUCACUGGUCAUUCACCCGUCCUCCAGGAUGUGUGCAGCUCCUCACUCGGUGGCUGCAGUCUGUCAGGUGACCUGCACCCCCGACAAGCAGGCCAACUUCUCUGCCUGUGAGCGUCUGGUGGAGGAGGCCAAGGAGCGCGGGGCCAGCAUGGUCUUCCUGCCCGAGGGCUUCGACUACAUCGGCUCCAGCAGAGAGGAGACGCUGUCGCUGUCCGAGAGCCUGACGGGAGAAACCAUCUCCCGCUACGCCCAGCUGGCCAGGAAGCUGCUGGUGUGGCUGUCUCUCGGGGGGUUUCAUGAACGGGGACAUGACUGGGAGAGGGACAGACGGAUCUACAACACUCACAUCAUAAUGAAUGAUAAAGGGGACAUUGUGUCCGUCUACAGGAAGUCCCAUUUGUUUGACGUGGAGCUGCCAGGAAAAGGUGUUUCCCUCAAAGAAAGUGGCUUCACCAUCCCGGGACCCUCCCUGGUGUCUCCGGUCCAAACUCCCAUCGGCAAGGUGGGUCUGGGGAUCUGCUACGACCUGAGGUUCCCUGAGUCGUCUCUGGCCCUGAGGCGCCACGGGGCCGACAUCCUCACGUACCCAUCGGCCUUCACUGUCGCCACUGGGGCUGCUCACUGGGAGGUGUUGCUGCGAGCCCGAGCGAUCGAGACCCAGUGCUUCGUCCUGGCAGCAGCUCAGGUCGGCCGGCACCACGAGAAGCGCUCGUCGCACGGCCACGCCCUCGCAGUGGACCCCUGGGGCCAGGUGCUGGGCGACUGCGGGGGGGAGAGCCCUGGCCUGGUGCUGGUGCAGAUGGACCUGGACCAAGUCGGCAGCACUCGGAGGAACAUGCCGGUCCAGCAGCACCACAGAGACCCGGGCUUCUACCUCAGCCUGGAGGACGCCUGACUUCAAGAGAGGAGCACGGUGAAAAGAAAACAGGAUGAAGAGGUCAAAGGUCAAGAGCAUAUUUCUAAAACAUGACAGGUUUUGUGUUUUUACAUUGAUGUGAUUCUGUCAGAUUAUUAGAGAGAUGAAAUCCAGAAAUCAUUUUCAUUCUGCUUGAUCAGAAGCAACAGAUGCAUAUUUAGAAAAAUGACUUCUGGCUCCUGAUUCCAAAGACAAAUCAAAGUUACUUCAAACAAUAAUCAAUGAAUGUGAUAUUUAUGAACUUUUAAAGCUCUGUGCUGUUCACUGUCCUUCAGGAUCGGACUCGGACAUGUACAGUUGAUUUGAUUUUAGAUUUACAUUCAGUUUUCCUUCUGUCACGCUUCAGUAAAGUGAGUUGAAUGGAGGCCGUGGAUGGACCAGGACAUUCAGGACUCUUUAGUUUCAGCCUCUGAGGUUUCAAGCUGCUGUAGAUACAAGAACAAGUAGCUCAUUAGUUUUUAAAGGACCUUUCUCUAGUGGUAGAAGGAGCUGGUGAAAUGAUUUCAUGUGUCUAAGCAUCACUUCUGUGCAAUAUCUAAUAAAUACUGUCACUGAA